CUGUGCUCAGUGAGCACUUUACAAAACUUCUCUCAUUUGGCCUUUAUGACAACCCUGGGAGGGAAGGGGGGGACGUGCUCUUGUUGCUCCCAUUUAUAAGUUAAGUGACUUGCACGCACGCACACGCACACACACUGUCCCUCCCUCCCCUUCUCUUUCUCUCCCUCUGCUAGAAGAUAUCAGUGACGAGGAACUCACUACCUUUCCAAGCAGACCAUUUCAUUGUUGCAUAGCCCUGGUCCUUAGGAAAUUCCUCCUUCUGUAGCUUACUUAGCUCUGCGGGGAGCCCCGCUCAUCCCCCUGCGCCCCCUUGUCUCCAGCCCUCCCUCCAUCCUGGUGCUCAGCCUUCCAGAACAGCCCUAGCUGCAGUGCAGAAGCCCAGCAUGGAAUUACGGUCCUCCCGCCUCCCGCCUCCCCCCUUCCCUGCUGGCCUCAGGUCGGCUCGGCUCCAGGCAGCAUCAGAUGCCCGAGGGAGCGGGAGGAGGAGAGGCCGGAGGGGCCUGGGGCAGCCCCCUUCCUCCCGGAGACGCAUCACCCUGUCACCCGGUGCCUGUCUGUUUGCACUAGCUGGGAGCCUCACGGCCGAGUGACCGGGGGAAGCCGCUGCCGUCCAGCUCUCCCGCCCAUGCUGGGGGAGGGGAGAAGAGCACCCUGAGGAGAGGAGGGAGAGACUUAAAGGCUGAGCCCCAGCGAUGUGCCAGUCAAACACCUUGCAAGGAGCAGACCUGCACAAGGGGAAAUGGCACGAUGGCAGAGUCUGCCCAGAGCUGAGCUGGUUCAAGCCAUCCCUGGUGCCCUCAAGGACAGCCGUUUCUGCCGACCACAUCCUACCCACUGGGCUGCCCCCCAGCCUCUCCUAACGGAGACGACAGGCAAGAGCUGGGGUGGGGGAGCCCCUAGGCACGGAGGGUGUAGCUGGCAGGAGGUUGGCAGGCCCCGGCGCCAGGAGGCCUUCAUUCAUGUCCCUGUAUGUGAUCCCACAGGUUGCAAUUCCCCCAGCUGGCCCUGAGGCGAAGGUUGGGCCAGCUCAGCUGCAUGUCUAGGCCCGCUCUGAAACUCCGCUCCUGGCCUCUGACAAUCCUCUAUUACCUUCUGCCUUUCGGCGCCCUUAAGCCUCUGAGCAGAGUAGGAUGGAGGCCCGUGAGCCGGGUUGCCCUCUACAAGUCUGUGCCCACACGGCUGCUGUCCCGAGCCUGGGGGCGGCUCAACCAGGUGGAGCUGCCCACCUGGCUGCGGAAGCCCGUGUACAGCCUCUACAUCUGGACCUUCGGGGUGAACAUGAAGGAGGCCGCCGUGGAGGACCUCGACCACUACAGGAACCUGAGCGAGUUCUUCAGCCGGAAGCUGAAGCCGCAGGCCCGGCCCGUUUGUGGCCUGCACAGCGUGAUCAGCCCGUCUGAUGGCAAGAUCCUUAACUUCGGCCAAGUGCAGAACUGCGAGGUGGAGCAGGUGAAGGGGGUCACCUACUCCCUGGAGUCCUUCCUGGGCCCGCGCACCCCUGGGGACGAGCUGCCCUUUGGCGGCCAGGAGCCAGCGGGGCAGGGAGAGCCUGCAGGAGCAGCCCAGGCCACGGCACACACCUCCUUCCAGAACCAGCUGGUCACCAAGGAGGGAAACGAGCUCUACCACUGCGUCAUCUACCUGGCCCCCGGUGACUACCACUGCUUCCACUCCCCCACUGACUGGAGAGUCGCCCACAGGCGGCACUUCCCAGGCUCCCUGAUGUCAGUGAACCCAGGCAUUGCCCGCUGGAUCAAGGAGCUUUUCUGCCACAACGAGCGGGUGGUCCUAACUGGGGACUGGAAGCACGGCUUCUUCUCCCUCACUGCGGUGGGGGCCACCAAUGUGGGCUCUAUCCGCAUCUACUUUGACCGGGACCUGCACACGAACAGCCCCAUGUACAGCAAAGGCUCCUACAACGACUUGAGCUACAUCAGCCACAGCAACAAGGAGGGCAUCCCCAUGCGCAAGGGAGAACACCUGGGCGAGUUCAACCUGGGCUCCACCAUCGUCCUCAUCUUCGAGGCUCCCAAGGACUUCAACUUCCACCUGAAGGCGGGCCAGAAAAUCCGCUUUGGAGAAGCCCUGGGCUCCCUCUAGAGCCGGCGUCCCCGCCACGAGGGCACUGCCGCUGCCGGGGAGACCCCUUCAGACCAGCACGAAGGCGGAGGCGGCUGGGAC